UUGUAGUUCCGGGCCCGCCGCGGAGUCACGGGUCCUGCGCGCCGCCGCGCUCUCGAUGCUCCGGGAGGGCCGAGCGGCCCCUCGGUUGCCAUGGCUUCUCAGUUCGGCCGCGGGAGAGGAGCAGCCCGGCUAGGCGCUCGCUAGUUUCGGCGGCGACGCGCAGCGGGACAGCGGAAGGAACGCGCGCGGUGGGUCCGGGAGCCCGGGGCGGAACGCUGGGGAGCCAGGAACCGCGGAGGCGGCGGGAGCGGGGCCAGCGUCUUCCUCCCGAUUGCUGAGCGUAGCUCCUCACCCAAGCCUACUCCCACGCUCUAGCGAGCAGCCGCAGUGUGGAAGAAUGGCAGUGAGCCACUCAGUGAAGGAGCGGACCAUCUCCGAGAACAGCCUGAUCAUCCUGCUGCAGGGCCUCCAGGGCCAGGUCACCACCGUGGACCUGCGGGAUGAGAGCAUGGCCCGCGGACGCAUAGACAACGUUGAUGCUUUCAUGAACAUCCGCCUGGCCCAGGUCACCUACACGGACCGUUGGGGGCAUCAGGUCGAGCUGGAUGACCUCUUUGUGACAGGCCGGAAUGUCCGUUACGUCCACAUCCCCGAUGAUGUGAACAUCACCGCAACCAUUGAGCAGCAGCUGCAGGUCAUCCAUCGGGUGCGCAACUUUGGCGGCAAGGGGAAAGGCCGGCGGGAAUUUCCCUCCAAGAACUAUAAGUGAGCCUGUCCCCUCAGCCAGCCCUGGUCCCCACUCAGGUUCCUCCAGAGUUCUACUGAGCCAAAGCCUGCUCUCCCUCCCCGCCCAGCACCUGGGAAGGGAGCAGGGCCAGCCCAGAAGCUGGUGUCUGACAGACAUCACCUGUCACAGCUGCCUUUCACAGGGUCCCACCUCCCAGACUCACCCUGGGACCCAGAAUUCUAGUUAUCUGUCUGUGGCCUUGGGGUAGAUGACAGUCCCCCCUUUGGAUCAUUAUUUAUCUGAAUCUCUGAUUUACUGGUUUAGGGAAUGUGUCAAAUAGUUUUCAACCCUCUCCCAGUGAGGAUUAUUGAAUGUGCUCGGCCUGAGCAUCCCCAUUUCUCUUGUAAUUGUGGGUUUUUUCUCACAAAACUAAAUGGGAUGCAAACAA